AUGGCAGACCCUAGAUAUAAUGAAAAAAACAUACAAAGUGAGUGAUUUGAGUUUGACUGUUGUGAAAUAUAAUUGGUUAAACAAAUUGUUCUAAUUGUUUUAUUAAAAAAAAAAUUAUAACAUAGGAGUACCUACUUAAUGAAUAUUGAAAUUUUUUGUUAACUGUUUGCUUAAAAAAUAAUUUAUUAAUAUUUUAAUUGUUGAUACAAUAUGUAUUUACCUAUCUGCGUUCUAUUUCAGUUAUUUCCAGUCGCUUAAUUCAAAUGUUGACCGAGGAAAGAGACGAAAAGGUGUUGAGUGCAGUCACGGUGUCUAUAUUGAAUCUGUCCAAAACCCAUGCCAAUCAGAUCGUAAAAAACAUGAUAUCCUACAAACAAAAGAAUUCGGUAAUUAUAUUUGUAUUUUUAUUCAUUAUUCCGAGAAGAUAAUGGGCGCCAUUAAAUAUGUUCGUGUGGUAGUCCAUGAUAUCUUAUAACUAACAUUUACCUACAAUAUUUGUUUCUAAAACUAAAAUAACAAUGCAGUUAGUAAGGCUAAAUAAAUAUAAAAAAUAUUUAAUUGAUUUCAAUGAUAUUAUGUUUAUGUAAUCUGUAACUUGUUGAAGCAGCCACUUGGCUAAAAAUUUUUUAAGCUUCUGAGGUUUAAGAGACGUAAUUCUAGGAGGUCUAUUGAACACAAAAAGGUCCAACAAAAGAAAGUGAAGAUUGGGUGAAAACUUUGCGAGUACUAACACAGGAAUAACAAUAUUAUUUAACUAGUAUUAAAAUUUUGGUUUAAUGAUUUAUUUAGAUUAUUUUUAAUUGUAUAAAUAACUACAUUUUUUUAAAAAAAAAGUUUUUUUAUAGUAUAAGUUUAUAUUAUAAUUGAUAUUAUAGUAGUAUCUGUUUUUAUAAAGCUAAAUAUGUUGUUUUGGGUUAUUUGAAGUUGCUUAAAGUUAUUGCACACACUAUUUGCUUUGUAAACCUAGGUAUUUGUAUUUAUUACUAUUGUUGCAAUCUUUACUAGAUUUCCACUAUUUUUAUUGAUUCCUUAUGUUCUAAGUGCUAUAUUUGUAUUAUGUUGUUAACUAAUUUAUAUAUUCCUAAAGUUACCAAAAAAAUUUCAUACACUAAUUACCGAUAUUAAAUUAUUAAAAGUAUUCUAGUAUUAGAAGUAGUAGUUUUCUAGUUUACUAGUAGUGGUCUAAAUUCAUUGUACCUUUAUAUUUAUAAAGCUGGUAUUAAUAAUGUUGAUUAGUUUAAUGUUUAGUUAAGUAACUUAAAUACAGUGCUUAAAUUAGGGCGAGGGAUGCAAGGGAACUCUGUAAUUUUUCAGAAAUUGUAGCGUAACUACUAUUUAUUUUAAGUGAAACUAAUUAGAAUAUAUAUUUUUUUUUCAAACUUAAAUUUUUGAUUAUUUUUGUUUGAUAAAAAUAAUUUUAAACACAUAAAACAACUAUAUAAUUUCUAAUGUAAAAUUUCCAGAAUGUUUGAAAAAUUGUAUCAUGCCUUGCUAGAGCUAUAUAUAAGUAUUCUGUGAUAUUUCCAGCCUCAUAUUAUUUAUCACUAAUUACAAAUAUUUUAAUAUAAAACAACAUUUAAUGUAACAGAAACUGUUAUUGUGUAAGUAUGUUGCAGAUUUCUUAAAGUUUUUCUUUGUUUUUAUCACUUGAAAACAACAUGAAAGUCUAAAAAACUAUCUUCUCAUUAUACUAACUAGAGAAUACCUAUUUUCUAUCAGAAACCAUUAUAAAAAAACACCUCAGCAGAAUCUAAAAUUAAUGUAUAUGUAAUCAAAAAAGUGGCCUGAUUAUAAAAGUUUUUUUUCUUGCAAGUUAUUUAUAAUCACCAAAUUAUGUUUAAAAAUUGGUAUAAGAGGGUGUGGGAGCAAUUCUCCUAUGGAUUAUAUUGAAUUCAAUAAUAGCUAAACAAGCUAAUUUUUUUUAAGUCUUAGGCCAUCCUUCUACUAGGAAUUUAGCGUGAUUUAAAAAAUAUUGUUGCCAAGUAAUAUGUAUAUGUAUUCAAUACAUACUUCAAAUUUUUCACUAAUAUCACUUACAAAUCUAUACCAUUUACCUUUAACAUUUAUUUCUUCGGUUUUUUACACCAGAUCUUUCUUUCAAUUCUAUUUCUCCUAAAAUCUUAAACUUUAAUUCUUGUAAUUUUAAUGAUAUUCUUGUUAUUUUGUCUUAUAUAUUGGGUAAUAUAUCUACUUUAGAUUUAGAAAAUGCAUGAUAGCUAUUUUGUCAUUUUUUUUACAAGCAACUAAAAGUCACUUUUGUAAUUUUGAAUUAAUUUUUUCCAAGUAUUUUUAAAUAUAUUGUUAUACAAAAAGUGAUAUAUUUUUUUUUUGCUUAAAGACUGAACUAAAUUAUAUUUUAGUUAUCUAAGUAAAUAAAUACCUUUAAUGUUAAUUGUAACAUUGUUAAAAAUGCUGGUUGGUCAACUGAAUAUAAUCUGUAUAACCUUUUUAGGUAUUUUCAUUAUUUACAUAAUAAAUAAAUUUGUUAACACAUUAUGUUUUCAAGAAUUAAUACAAAUUUCUAUAGAAAUUUGUAUUUUUUAAAUUUUGUCAAGAUGAAAAAACAUUAAUUUAAUAAUUAUAAGUAUAUAUCUAUUCUACCUACAUUUAAAAAUAGAUGUUUUCAUCUUACUACAAUUUUAUGGUUAUAUUAAAUACAAAUUAUACAGUACAUAUUAUGAAACUCGUUUUAUUGAUUUAUUUAAGUCAUUUUUUUUAUAAAUUUCUGUUUUGAAAUUCUAUGAAAUUAUUAAUUAUUCUUUUGAUUUAUUAGUUCCAAAAAUAAGAUUAGAUAAACUCAGAUCAUAAUUUAUCUUGGUCCAAUUAUAAUUUAAGAAAACUAAUUAAACUUAAAAAACUGGCACAUUAAAAGUAUAAAGUUUCUAAUUCCUUAUCAGAUUAUUCAAUUUUUUCUAAUUUAUGUAGUGAAUGUAAACAAUUUCAUUUGAAAUAUGUAUUAAAAAUUGAAAAUAACAUUAAUAUUAAUCUUAAAUUAUUUUGGAAAAUCCAAUAUUCCAAUGUAAAUGUUUCUGGGUAAGACUUCAGCUCACAAUUUAAAUGAUAUUUCAAUUAUUUGCUAGUCAUUUCUUCUUUGUUUAUUCUAAAAAUAAUUUAUCUGAUGAUGUUUUAGAAUCUUUCAAUGUUAACUUUCAUGAUUUAAACAUUAAUGGUAUGUUUAUCUGAAGAUAAAAUUUUUGAUUAUUUUAUUUCAAUUGAAUCAUCUACUAGCCCUGAUGGUAUAUCAUUGAUUAAAAAAAAAAAAAUGAUUUUUAAUGCUUUUUAAGCUUUGCACUACCCAACAUUUCCUAAACUCUAUUAUACCUAAAUUAUCUGAGGCUAUUAUUUUAAAAGUAACUAUUUAGUUUAUUAUUGAAUUAUAUUAGUCUCUUUAGACAUAUUUUUUAAGUGAAACACAAAAUUUUUACCAAUUUAUUAGUUUAUCAAAAUUAUCUCACUAAUGCUGUAGACUUUCAAAAGGUUUUUGAUAAAGUUGACCAUACAUUACUAUAUUGUAAAUUAAAAUUGUUUAAUGUAGAUGGAUAUUUUCUUGAAUGGCUAUACUUGUACCUCACUAAUAUAAUUCAAGCUGUUAACAUCUUAUUCCAUUCAUCUCAACAUAUUCUGGUCUCUUCUGGUAUUCCUUCCAUUUAGGUUUUUUACUGUUUCUGUUUUUUAUUAAUGAUCUAACAAGUUUUGUUUUAGAGAGUUCUAGAAUUGUACAUAUUUUAUUAUUUGCAUCAUCAUGAUGCUAAAAUGUUCUGCAAGAUCAAAACUAAAACUGAUCAAACUAAUUAACAAUUUAUGUUAAAUAAAUUUGUUUUAUGGAAUGAAAAGAAUUGUUUAACACUAAAUAUUGAUAAAUGUAAAGUAGUCUCUUUUAUCUGUAAAACUGAUACUGUUUUAAAACAAUAUAUAAUUAAUGAUUUUUUCUUAUCGAGAGUUAAUUCAAUUAAAGAUUUAGGAAAAUAAUCCUCAAUCAAUCAAACAAAAUGUUAGAUUUCAUUAACAGAAAUAUAAAAAAAUUUAAAAAUCCUCUAUACUUAAUAAAAUGUAUACCCGUUAGUUAGUCAAACCUUGAAUUUGGUUCAAUUGUUUGGUCUCAAAAUCUGUCUACUUAUUAUUCAGAACUCUCUCUCUCUAUAGUUUCAAUCCGCAGAUUGGUUUGCAGCCAUCUUUUAUUCUUCUCUAUUAUCCGCUUUCCUUUUCAUUUCUACGUAUGAGUUGCAUCCUUGGUCUUUAAUUAUUUGUUGAAUAUACUCUAGUCUUGGUCUUCCCCUAUGGUUCUUACCGUCUAUGCAUCCUUCUAUGAUCAAUUUUAGUAGUCCCUCGUGUCGCAUUAUAUGGCCUAUCCAUUUGUUUCGUCUUUUAACUAUAUUUUUCCAUAUUAAUUUUUCUUCUGAUAUCCUUUCUAGCACUUUUUCAUUUGUUACUCUGUCCAUCCAGCUUAUUUUCAACAUUCUUCUGUAGCACCACAUUUCAAACGAUUCUAGCCUUCUUCGAUUUUCCGUUGUUAUUGUCCAGGUUUCACACCCAUAGAGGGCUAUGCUCCAUACAUAUGUCUUCAAUAGAUUUUUCCUUAUUUUUAGGCUAAUGUUUCUUGAUGCAAGAAGAGUUUUCUUGCUGUUAAAUGAUAUUUUCGCUUGGCAUAUGCGUUUUAUUAUUUCGCUAUUAUUUCUUCCAUCAUUACUGAUGAUGCUCCCUAGGUAUGCAAAUUCAUCUACUUGUUUUAUUGUCUGGUUUCCUCGUAGCUUUAUCUGUAUUCUGGUUACAUUCUCCCUUCCACAAACGAGUACUUUUGUUUUUUGUACAUUUAUUUUCAUACACAAAUCCUUGAUGAAAAUUUCGUCCAUAGUUUUGACUAGUUAUUGUAAAUCUUCCUCUGUUUCAGCAAUUAUAGCUAUGUUCUCGGCGAAGCGCAGCAUACUUAUUUUAUGACCAUUAAUUAUUAUCCCUAGGUUAGUAUCCUCUUUUAUCUUUUCUAUUGCUUCUUGAAUAUAUGCAUUAAAUAUAAUUGGUGAUAGAGUGCAUCCUUUCCUCACUCCUUUAUUUAUUUUCGCUUCUUCUACGUUAUCUUGGAUUUUUAUAACCGCCAGCUCAUCUUUGUAUAAUUUGUACAGCAGUUUCUUGUCUGCGUGUUUUAUCCCCACUCUUAUAAUCAUAUUAAAUAUUAACUUCCGGUUCACAUUAUCAAAUGCUUUUUCGAUGUCCACAAAAGCUAUAAAUGUUUGCUUAUUCUUCCUAAUACUUUUCUGGAUAAUUAUUCUCAGUGCAAUAAUUCAGAACUUAGUAAUGUUCAAAAUAAGUUUUUAAAAAGUUUAUCCUAUAAAUUAAAUUUCCCUUUUUCUAGAGACUCGAAUAAUUUAUUACAGGAAUCCUUGGCUCUUGUAGUCUAUCCAUAAUAUAGAACUUGACAGAUAAUGUUUAUUUUUGAUAUUAUAAAUAGUUCUUCAUCCUGAAUUAUUAUUAUUAUUACAAUAGGUUUCCGAAUUCCUUGACUAUAUAUGCACAUUGUAGUUUUAUUUGUUAUUCCAAAUUAUAGGACAAAUAGUGGAGUAUUUUUUUUUCUUCCUAGAGCUCUUGGUUUAGCCAAUACAAUCUCCUACUCAUUUGAUUUUUUUAAUUCUACACGAAAUAAUUUCAAAUUUAAUACAUUAUUCUUUCUGAAAAUGUUCUAUUAGUUUAGUUGUCUAUAUUUUUUUUUCUUAUACAUCAAAUUGUUAAAACAUUAUUUAAGUUUUGUAUUAUUGUUAUUAUUUUAGAUUCUGAAUGGAGCAAAGAAGCUUAUGAUUUUACAAAAAUGUUUAUUUAAUUUUUUUUUAUCUAUUAACAACUUUUCUUCUAGAAGACUUUGUCAGAUUUCUAAGUGUAGCAACUUUUCUGAAAGGAAAUCGGUGUAAGGAGGUACUCUAGGGAAGUCUUUUUUUAAUUUUCUCAGUUUUCUCUGUAAAUGUGAAAAACCACUUUAAAACAUGAGAAAACCUUAGGAAAACUGGGAAAAUCGGUACAACAUUAAAUAAAUAUUAUUAAAGAAAAUAUAUAAAGUCUAUUUAAUUAUUUUACUAUUAUAUGGCAUAUGUAUUGUUGACUAAACAUCACUAAUCAUAAUCGUUUUUUAUAAGUAAUGGUUUAUCAUUGCUUACAGAUAUACUUUAAAUUAUUUGUACAGUUGCUUGCAUCCGUCCCCAUUAUCCUAGGACAUCUAUUUUAAUUGUAAAAUAUUAUUGAAAUGUUGUAUAAUUAUUAUUUAUAUAUGUAGCUUGGCUCUUCUCUUAUUUUUUUUAUUAUAUUCUUAAAGAGUAAAGAGUGAUUGUUAGUUGAUCAUACAAUAAAUAAAUAAAUAAAAUGUUGUACUACUUCACUUCAUGAGUUCUACACACUAUAGCCUAUGUUUCAGUAAUAAGAGUAGUUCAGUAGACAGUUGCAAAUAUGUUAUCUUCUGAAGAUGACAAUUGUUUUUUUAGAAUAUUGGUAUUUACAUAUUAAAAUUAAGAAUAAGAUAUUGGAUACAUCAAUACAUAUAGAACAAUGUUAAUUGUUGAUAUUUCUCAACAACUUUAACUAGUUUUUUUCCUUUUUUCCGGGAACAACUUUGCUACCAGCAAUUUCGCCCCAAUUUACAAUGAUAGCACAUUUUCUGAAAGGAAAUUUGACUGGGGAGGUACUUAAGAGAAGUAUUUUUUUAUUUUCCCAGGGGUUUUCUCAAUAAAUGGAAAUAAUGGGAAGAACAAAUUGUAUGUAUUAGUUAAAAAAUAUUACUGUCUUUUUUUCUGUGGACAGCUUUUCUACCACUAAUUUUGCUCUUGUGAUUUUUCAAUUGUACUUUAAAGAGGUUAUUUUUUGAUUUUCCCAAGAGUUGUUCCAAUAAAUGGGAAACUGUUUAUUUUAUUUAAAUUUUUAAUGCAUAUGUAAUUAUUUUUCCAUAAUAUGGUAUAUAUAUUGUUGACAAAGAAACACUAUCAACUGAACUCCACUUAGAAUCGUUUUUUAUUAGCAAUGGUUAAUCAUGCUUACAGAUAUACAUUAAAUUCUGUACCCACAUACAAAGUAUGUUCGUCCUUUUUUUUUAUAGCAAGUCAAAAUUUGAGUUUAUGCAUAAUUUGUUUUUAACAAAAUUUUAACUUAUAAUCACUAAAAUAAUAAAAUAAGUGUCAAAUAUGUGCUUAACCCAUUUUAGCCUUAUGGCAACAUAGACCUAUUUUUAGAAGCUCAUAUUGCAUUAGGACUUAACUGAUUGUGAUGGAAUUAAUGUUAGCCCACUAACAUAAGUUAAAAUUUUGUUAAAAACAAAUUAAGCAUAAACUCAAAUUUUGAAUUACUCCACCUUGGUGUAAAUCUUAGAAAAAAAAAAAAUGGUUUUGCUAUUUAAAAAUAGGAAAUUAUACUGUACAUGCGCAAACCGAAAAGGUUAAAAUUUAUAAAUUUAUUUAAAGAUAUGUAUUUCAGUAAUUCUAUUCAUUUCCUGAAAACUCCAUUUCAAUACAAGACCAUCCAAGUGAGAUAUUUAGUGGUAUCUGAAAUCAUGAUCACACUGUAUAGACAAGGAGUCCUACAAAGAUAUACUCAUUGAAUUAUCUCUGUGGGUAAUAAAGAUAGUCAAUUUUUUUCACUACCUACAGGAAUAAAGAUUAAAAUAUUUAUAUUGCAAUUGAUUUUUUAUACUUUGAUAAAAAAUUUAAACAAAUAACUUUUUAUUUUAUUAUUUUUAAAAAAUUUGAAGAUAGGCAUUUUAUAGAAUUUAUUUUUUUAAAAAUUUUGAUGUAUCAACUUUUAAUUUUAAUUGAAUUCAUGAUUUUUAAAAAAAUUUAAAAUUCAGAGAAAAGAAGUGUACAGUCAAUUAAUUGUAAUAAUAAUGACCAAUUUGAGUAUACAAUUACAGCCUAUUACCAGUGGCGUAUACAUAACUAUUUUAUGGGGGGGGUCAGUUUCAAACAAAUUAUUAUGUAAGGAAAAUGUAUAAACUAGAUAUCUGCACAUUAAAAUAAUAAAUAAUAAAACAUUUAUUUAAUUCAUUUUAUUUCAACAUUUUACAAAUAAUAUAAUACAAAAUUAUUUAAUUUUUUUUUUUUUUUUUAAUCAAUUUAUAAAUUAUUUCUUUAGCAGUGAUAGAAAUGGUCCAUGAACUGCCAUUAAAGCUAGGCCAUUUAGUUGCUCCUCUAACAAACAAAUUAAAUAGUUCUUACAAAAUAAGUAACUAAUAACAAUAAAGUAAAUUUAUUUAUUGUUUACAAUAGAAUAUUUCUCUUUUAUAGUGUUUCUUAAUUAAGUCUUUAAUCUUUUUAAACAUGAAAACAUUCCCUUGGGUGUAACAGUAGAUACUGAUAAUGUACAAAAUAUUCUAAAUAAUUUUGAUAAAUUAGGAUAAGUUCACUACAAAAUUUAAAUACAUCCAAUCCAGUCUUUGUUUGUAAAUUAAAUUUUUUAAGUUUAACAUUCCACAUUUGUUACCCAGCUUUGAUAGUAUCAAUAUCACUAUCAAGGAAAUAACAUUUUACGAGCUCAUCAAAUUCACUGAAAAGCUUAAACAUAAAAUAGCCAAUUUAUUUAGUAUAGUAAUAAGUAAACAAUGAUUAAAAUGUAUAAAUAUGAAUAAAUAUUCAUUAUGUUCUAACCAUUAAAAACAUGUUCUAUGUUCUAAAAAUCUGUCUUGCAAUUGCUUUAUGAAAAUAUCAAUGAAUGGAAUAGAACGGAGUUCUUCAAAAAUAGGCUUCUGGUUAAGUUUAUUUUUAUCAUUUAAUUGAUUAGUUCGAUUUUGUUGUCUCUUAUUUAUACAUCAUUAGUGAAUUAAUUUUAAUCCUUGUCAUUUUUUUUUCACAUUUCCAUGUACUCCCCUUACAAAGAACACUAUUUUAUAAAAUUUAUAAAAACUCCUAGGAGGGGAACUGACCUCCCAAAUUAUCCCCCCUUUUUUAACUGCCUUGAAUGUUACAUAAUACGAAUAUAAUGAAAAUAAAAAGUUGAAACAUAAAAAUUUUAAAAAAAAUAACUAUAAAGUGGCUAUCUUCAAAUUUUUCAAAAAUAAUACAAUAAAGUAAUUUUUUUAAUUUUUAUCAAAACAUAAAAAAUUAAUUGCUAUAUAUAUGUGUUUUUGUACAUUUGUAGGUAUUUUUGUUGUUACUAUUGUUAAAUUAGUACUGUUGUAUUUUAAAUAAUUAUUUUAAACAUUCUUAUUAUUUAAGUAAACUCAAAAUCAUCAUCAAUGCUGAAAGUUAUGAAAUGUUUCACAUACCUAAAAGCUAAAAGAAAUCAGUAUGUUUUUGUUUAAAAUAUAAUAUAUUAACUGUGAUGUUGAAUGAUAAGAUCUACCAACAUGUAUUUCUGAAAUUGAUUAAUGUGUAAACAAGGGGUAAAAUAAAGUGAUUGAAACUGUAUUUAGUUCCUUACUAUUUUGAUCAUCUACAUAUUUUCGCUCUACCAUUUUUUCAUAUCUUGUAUAAUUUGAUGCUUGCAUUUUCAUUGUAUACAUUAUCAUAUGCAUACUACAAAUACCUAGUAAAUAAUAAAUAUAUUUUUGUUAUUUAUUACCUAUUUAUUUUAAAUACUUUGGUAAAUUCAAUAUAAUUUUAGAGUAGAUUACUUAAUGCUUAAAAUUUUUAAAUUUCUGUAAAGGGAAACCUUUGGUAUUUUCUUUAGCUGGCCAGUUUUCAAUGACAAACUUUUUAAAAUUUUUUCUCUUUAGGUAUCUGUAUUCUGUUAAAAACUAAAAUUUAAACUACAUUAAAAUUUAUAUAAUAAUAAUGUUUAUUUUAACUUUUAAUUAUCAGCAUUUACGACUUCAAAUACAUCAAACCAUAGAAAACAUUGCAAGUUUGGUGGGUUUUGCUUACUAGGCAGUGGUUGUACCACAAUAAUCGCCAAGGACUUAGCCAGCGCCACCACUCUUUUUGAACAUAGCUAAAGACCUAUUGUCUAUCAUCUGAAUACAAAUAAACCCAACCAAAUCUACGAUCAUUAAUGUAGAAAACGGCGAGCUAAUGCCAAAAAAUUUAACACUCUUAGACAAUUCAGUAAUUCCUCCAGUGGAAGACAACACCUGCAUAAAGUACCUAGGGGUUAAUUUCAAUGACAAAAUAGUUUUCGACGGCAAGAGUUAACUUUCUCAACUAAAAAAGGAUUUUAGAAAUUUAGAAACUUCUCCACUAUUGCGCAGAGACCAAAAACUUCACAUACUGGACCGAUUUGUUUACUCAAAGUUGAUAUAUCCUAUGCAAACCACCCCCUUCUUGAUAAGAAUUUCUUCAAAUGUGUGGAUAUACUGGUAAGACAAGGAGUUAGAGAGAUAUGUGGCCUUUCCGCCAACACUCCAAUUCCGGUUUACUACAUGGGUAAAAAAUAUUGGGACCUCGGUAUGCUAAGAGUGACAUGGAAUUCUAUACAGCACAUCGCCAUUGCCCAAAAGCUAGCAAGCGUCCAUGACCCACACUUGCCAGCAGUUCGCGAUUUACGCCAGGAAGAAGCAGUCUUGUGCUAGUUUAGGCCCCGUAACAAGCCCUAAUCUACGCGCGAUUCACACUGAGUUAAAGUGCAACAAAUUCAAUAAAUGGGAAGAGUUGAGACAGAGAGGAAUAUGCAUACUAUGGUACGGCAGUUGUAUCGCGACUAAUGCUUGAUAUCAAACAAAUGCUGGCUCUCAAGUAGUGAGUGGAUGAUAUUAAAGCAUCAUUGAACACUAUGUCUAACUUUAUGUCAAGAACCUGCCCCAAGACUGUACUUCUUCGUAACAACGCCCAUCACAAAGUUCCUACCACCCUAGCUUAUCUAUUUAGAGCAAAAAACGUUGAGAUACAUGAAGAAGUGCAUUGUGUAGCACUCAGAGAAGCAACUCAAAACAGAAGGACACAUAUCAUAGUGGUUGAUCACAAGGCCUCAUCUUAAACUUCACCAUUCUGUGGGAGACCAAUGAUGAACAGCAAGACAUCAAUGUGCAUGAAGAGAAAAUAGAUAUAUACCUGCCACACACACCCAGUCUGAGCUGCCUUUACAGAGUAGGAGAGUGGAAGUAUUUGGGCUAUGGUUCGACAUUGAAACUCUUGCUGGACUUGUUUUAAAAACCAUGGUCUGCAGCGAAUCAAUCUCACAAAAAUAUGUUUGUAUGUGUUGCAAAACACAUUAAAUAUAAUUAACUAUCAUUUAUACUCCUAAUUAACAAUCAUUAAUAUUGCAAUAAUGUAAUUCUAUUUCGCUAUCUAUAUAUUUAUUUAAUUAUUGUCUUUAUUUUAUUUUAUUUAUAUUCAUCUAUAUUAUAUUAUAUUUUAUAAGCUAUGUACAAAUGUAUUGAAUGGUAAACUGUGUUAUAAGGCAACUCACUAAAUGAGCAGUCUGUUAUAUUUAUACUAAUAAAGUUGUUUAUACAUAUUAACAUCAAUUUAAAAAUUAAUCUAAUUAUAAUAUGACCAUAUAUAUUAUAAUUUAAAAGUAUAUUACAUUACUCAAGGGAGUUAGCUGACACACAGUUUUUCUGAAUAUUAUUUGGCCCUUAUUUUGAUAAUACAAUUUUACAAUAAAAAUAAAAUUUUAUUUUAACAAAUAUAUAUAAUAAUAAUAAUUUUAAACUAUACAUAUGCUUCCUUAAAUCUUUAUAUUACCUAAGUGGCAUAUAUAUGUUUCUUUUAUGAAGGAUAUAAUUAUAAAUAUUAAAAUAUAUUAAUACACUAAUACACAAUGUUUUACUUUGUAACCAUUUUAGAAAAAAAAUUACCCAUAGCUUACCCAAAAGUUAUUUAUGAAUAAUAAUUUGUAUGCUUCAAAUAAUUUUUCACAUAAGGUUAUACCAGAAACCGGAUUUAUAUGUACUUAAAAAAUAUUUUAAAGAGCAAAAAUAAUAGAAGGGUAUAAAAGUCCCCUUUUAACAGAUUUAACUUAUAAAUGUAAUGAUCUAACACUGUAAAAAUGAUUGAUUAAAAGUAAUUAUUUUUUUUUAUAUAAUAUAUACAAUUUUAUUUAAAAACAGUUAUUUUAUGUUAACCUUUUUUGUAGUGUUAGGAAAUUUAUUUUUAUAAAUUAGAGCCAUUAGAAGAAGGGACUUAUAAUCUCUUCUAUUCAUUUUUUUGCUUAAUCUAUGUUUUAACAAUAAAUUACAUUUAUAAGUUGUUUAUUUUUUACAGUUAAGUGUUGUUGAAAAUAAAAAUUUUCUAUCUGCGAUGAAAGAUAUUUGUACACAGCAUUAUAAAGAUUUUGACACAGAACUUGUAAACAAUUUAAUUCAAUUUACUAAAAAUGAAAUGGUUAAAUCUUCGGACUCUCAAUUUCCAGCAUCAGAUAUUUUAAUAACUUUGGGUCAUCGAGAUAAUUCUAAGACGGUAAAACAUUUGUCAUAUCAUCAAUAAGGCAUAACUUAUGGAUUCUGUUUACAAUUUAUAACUAUUUACUAUUGUUGAAAAAUUAUUAUUUUUUGUUCAAUUGUUAAGUUACUGUGUACUGUUUUACUGGUUAAAUGUAUUAUAAUACAACAUUUAAUACACUAAAAAAGUUGAAUAAUAUAAUAUGAGUAUUACUGACACUAAGCUGAGUAUAAUUUACUAAUUUUAUUGAAUGUUUUGUCUUUAGAUUAUCUGCAGUCUUGUUACUGAUUUGGAAGAGGGAACCCCUCCACAUAGUUCUCUUAUAUACUCACUGGGACAUCUCGCUUCAAAACAUCCACUUGAAUUUAUUGACUAUGUUGAAUUAUUUCUAUCAGUUGUUCAUUCAACUUUGACUUUUACUAAGUCAGAUGCCUUGCGUAAAAUUUAUGCUACAGGUUUGUAAUUUAUUUAUAUUAAUUUUAUAUUUUAACAGUUGUAAUAGAAAAUUAUUUACUGCACUAUUAAUUGUAUGAUACUUAAAUAGACUUAUACAGUAGGUAGAUAGAAAAAUAAUUUUGAUUCUUAAUAUAAUAUAUAAAAACAGAUAAAAAUAUAUCUAUGUAUAAUUAUAAUUUAUAUUAUAUUUUGAUAGUUUGACAUUUUUGUACUAUGGUUAUAAAGGACAAUUUAAUAUAUUUAUUAUUAUAAAUGUUAAAUAAAACAAUUAUAAACAUGAUUUAGUACAAAAAUGUUUGUAAUAUAAUAAUAUUUAUUUUAUUUUAGCAAUUGGACAGGUAUGUGCAUCUGUAAAUGAGUGUAAUACAAAAGAAUCCCGUAAAAUAAAAAAAGAAUUGUCACCUAAAGUAGAAGAAAUAUUCAAAAUUAUAAUUGAAUCCUGGCUAAUUUCUAAGGAUGUUAAGGCCAGUAUUUAUACCUGUUUGAUAUUACCUAUAUUUUAUUAUAAAUGAUUUUACACAGAGCGUAAUACAAGUAUGCUCAACAUUUUAUAAAGAUUAGACUGCAUUUAUAAUUUAUAAUUUCACUAGUAAGUGUUUAAGUACAGUUAUGGUACUUAUUUAAAACUUCCAUCUUGAUUUAAUUACAGAAGAAAAAUAAUUAAUUCUUAAUCCUUUGAUUUUAUUUUUGUUUUGAUAUUGUAUUUGGAAUUUAAAUAUAAAUGACACAAAUAUAAUAUAUAUAUAUAAUUGCUGUUUUAUACAAAAUGUGCUUCAUUAAAUAAAUAAACAUUGAAUAAAUUAUUAAUAUUUUAUGCAAUGUUGCUGUAUGUCAGAUUUAUGUUAUUUUGCACCAUAGGUUGAGCAUGCUUGAUAUAUCAAACAACUUAUAUGGAAAAGCAAUAUUAUUUACACUACGCAGAAAACAUAAUUUUUUAGAUAUAUUUUUGGGUUAUAGUUUUUAUAUUUAAAGUAAUAUUAUUGUUCAAUUUUGUAGUUUUAAACAAUUUUAUAUUAUUUAGUCAUUUACAUUUUUAAAUUUUAAAUUAUUAUUAUUAUUAUUCUAUUUAGCCUGAUUUCCCACAUCACUUUCACAUAUUUCAUUUAUCCUCAUAUCAUUCAUACAUUCUCAAUCACAACCAACUACCUCAUUCUUCCUUUUUCUCCCUUUCCUACUAUUUACAUUAUUUACUACCUGUACUACUUCAGAUUUAUCUUUAUGACAAGUUUCAACCUUUUCAGUAUAUUUUCUCUCAUUUUUUUUACUAUCAAAGCCACACCCAAACUGGGAAUCUUUUAUGUAUUCAUCCUUACCUAAUCUUCUCUUGUCAAUCCACUCAUCCACCUAACCAUUUUCAUUUCUGCUACACUCAUUCUUUGUUCUAUGUUUCUGUCUACCACACAACACUUUGAACCAUAGAACAUGUUCAAUUUCACCACACUUGUAGAAAUUCUUUUUUCAAUUGAUGCUUCCCUCUACUUAAUCCUAUGUUUCACAUCUUUUUAAAAGUCAUCGUUCUUUUGUACAAAAGAUCCUAGGUACUUAAAACUCUUAAUCUGUCUUAAUAAAUCACUGCUUAUUUCCAUUACUUGCCUUAUUCCUUCAACCUCUUCUACCUCGAUAAUCAUACCCUAUAUACUUUGUUUUACUUCUACUUAUCCUUAGUCCUUUUUUUUCUUCAAGUGCUACUCUCCAUUCCUCAAGCUUUGUUAACUUUCACAUUUCUUCCUAUAAAACUUAUAUAAUCUACAAUAAUGUAGUAUGGUACCUUUCUCUAUAUUUCCUUUGUAGCUUUAUUCAUUGCAUUAGAAAACAAAUUACAAUUCAUACCUAAUAAAACCUCAAAAUCUUCUAUUAUUUCAUACACACACUCUUAUUAUUGAUAUUAUAUUAUUGGAAUAACUAAGGUUAUACUAAUAAAAUUUGUUAUUGAAAAAUCUCAAAAAUAUUUUUGUAACCAGCCCAAAACCAUAUCUAUUUCAAUAAAAUUGUGUAGACCUUAUUUUGUAUUUAGUCUCAGUUGAAUUAUGUAAAUAAUAAUUUUCUUUAUUUUUUUUAUAGGUGUUGGAAUGUGUUCUUGAAGCUUCAAGUUCUAUGAUGAUGCUAAUGACAGUUGAAUCUAUUAGUAGAGACAGAUUAUCUAUUUUAACAAACAUAUUGAGUUUGUUUAAAAGAUGCACAGCUCUUUGUUUGUCUAGAUAUUGGGUUACACAAUAUUUAGCUAGUUUUUUAUCAGUUGUGCCACACGCAUUGCUAGAACCAGUAAUAGAUAACCUUCUUUUAAUAUUACAUGAUAUGGUAUACAUAUUAUAUAUUUACUAAGUAAAAAUUAUUAAAAUUUUUUUAACAUAAUAAUUUUGUUUUAGGUUGUGGCUAUGCCAGAUUACGAUUUUCCAAUGUCUGUUAAAAAUCAUUCAGAGGUUUUAAGAUGUUACACUUAUUUGGGUAUUUUAUUCAAAAUAAUUUAUUGUAUAUUUAUGUUAUGAUAAAUGUAUCAAUACUGGUGAAAACUAGAAUUUACCAGUAAAACCUAGGAUAAUUUUAUACCAAUUGAUUUAAAUAAAAUCUAGAAUAAUAUACAAAAUAGUUUGGUCCCAAAUAUUAUUUUUUGUUGUUCAAACUUUUACAAAAAAUAAUUUAUAAAUCUUAGGAUAAAACCAUUGAUAUUGAUUAGUUGAAUUUUAUUUUUUUUCUACUUAUGUGGUUUUUACCACUAUUCCUUUAUUUGUAUAUUGCACAAUAUUAUAAGUUUAUAUUAUUAUUAAAUAUUACUACACAAAUUAUAGUAUAUUUGUGCAGAAUUGCAUAGUAAAUUUGUUGAUAGAUAUUUACAGCCAAUUAUUAUGAUUUUUUCAUAGUUGCACCUUAUUACUCUUGCUCUAUCAAUUAAAAAAAGUUGAGGUGCCUAGAACACAAGUGGUAUAAGAACACAAGUGACAUUUUAUUGAUUUCAAGAUGAUCAACUUCAAAGUUAUUUGUAUUUAAUAUAAUUAUUAUAGUUUUUUAUCAAAUAAUCACUGUUUUUGUAUUUGAAUGAUAAGAAAGUUUUAGACACUUGGCAGUAAAGAGACAUAAAUCUAUUAACAGCUGGGGACGUUUGUACCUACCUAUUUAUUUCUAAUCGUUUAUGGUAUUAUCAUUUGAAGACUAUUUCAGUGUGAUUUAGUAUCAAAUACUAGAUUUGCAGCACAUGACAAACAAUUCAUUUAUAUUUUUUUACCACAAAAUAAAAUAGUUCUAAAAAUUCUCUCUAUGAGUGAAUUGAUUAUACGUGAAAUGUUGUGAAGGUGAUCUCUAGCAAUACAAAUGUCCAUCCAUAAACUAUAACACCACUGCCAUAAUGUGGGGUAUCAACUUCUAUCAACUUUAAACAUUUUAAUUUUGACUGUUUGUCUAGUUAAUACACUUGGCAAUUGUUUAUUAGAUAUUGUUUUCAUUUUUCUGGUUUGAUUUUAUGUAUCCAAUGGCUAAUAUAACAAUUAUUUCAAUUUUUGUAGUAAUAUUUAAUAGAAAUACAGGGUGUCCAACAAAAAAAUACCCAUUGUAAUCUUAGAUCAUAUACAAUGGAUGGAGCCACAGCUGAAUAUUUUGAUGUAUAUAUAGCAACAAGUCACCAAAUGAGUAGCCUUUAGUGCACAUGGGUGCCAGGGACUAGUCACAUAUUUAUCCAAAUGCCUUAAUAUGAUGUGAUAAAUAUUAAAUAACUGAUAAGAUAAGUGAUAAUAAUAAUAUACAUUUUAAUAAAUUAAAACAUGAAUUUAUUAAAUUGUUAAUAAACUGAAAUCUGUAUAAAGUACCUAGAAUACAUUAUAGAUGAUAUAUAUAUGCCAAUAAUUUGAGAUAAAUAUGGGACUAAAGGCUACUCACCUGGCGACUCAUCACUAACAUGUACAUCAUUGAUAUUAUUUUUAAUCUAAAGACUGUGGCUCUAUCCAUUAUAUUUAUGAUUAUGAUUAUGUAUAUGAUUUAAGAUGAUAAUAUCCUUGAAGAUAAUAAAGAUAGUAAAAUAUUUUUUUUUUACAUACUGGAAGGAGAAAGAACUACAAAUAUUUGUAUAUCAAUUUACUUAUUAAUAUAAAUUAAUAAAUUGUAAUUUAUAAAAUAAACAUCUUUGUAAAACCAUAAGCUUCUUUGUUCCACUCAAAAUCUAAAGUUAUACAAUAAUUUAGGACCAAAUAUUAAAUUUUUUUUUUUUUUAAAUUUGUGAUUUGUUUUGUAUAUCAGUAAUUUAAUUAUUCUAAUAAAUUGAUGAUGUACAAAUCACAAUAAACUUUUUCAAAGUGAAUAUUUAUAUUUUUUAUAUGGAUGUAAUAAAAAUUUUGCAUACAUUAACUAAAUAAUUGUUGAUAAUUUAUAAAGUAUGUAGAAUAACUAAUAAGUUAAGUAUUUAUUUUUGUAUUCAUUCAAUACAUUAACUAAAUGUGCCUGUAAUUCUAUAAAACAGCUAGUUGUUUUAUAGGAUUAUAGAAUUUUAUACAUUAUGCUAACAUAAGUAUACACCAGUUAAUUCUUUUAUUAUUAAACACUAAUUAUUUCAAUAAUUAUUGAUUAUUUUUCAAAUUUGUUUAUUUUGAAAAUUUAAGAAACAAGAUUAGUCAUGCAUUAUUAAAACGCAAUUGAUGCUCCACUACCCUCCUCUUACUCAAAAUUAAAAGUGGAAUAUAUCAUCAAUGGAUUGACAGAAAUUAAACAUUUUAACAACAAUAUUUAUUUUAACUGAUACUCCAUUUAUUUAUGGGACUUUCAAUAUAAGUUGUCUUUUGAAAAUCAAAAGUAGGUAGUUGUUUGCCCCCCCACCAAAAAAAAAAAAAUUAGGCUGAUAAAAAAAUAAUUUAAAUGUAAAUUGUACAGCUGCUUGUUUCUUAAAUUUUCUGCAAAACAAAUUGCGAAAAAAGGUAAUACUUGCCAACAAUAAGUAUUUAACAAUAAAAUAACCAUCUAGUAUAUAUUUCUGAAUAAUGAAUUUACUUGUGUAUUUAAUUAUUUUAUUGUUUAUACCAGGUGACCACUAUGGAGAUAAAAUCUGUGAACUAAUAUUGCGGGAUUUAAAAUCUCAUUCAGAACAAGGGAAAAUGGCUGCAUUAUUAAUUUCAUCUCAUUUAUUAAAUGCUUCCAAUCAGAGUAUUAUACACAAAUCAGCAGAAAUAAUUCCAAUUUUGUAUGAUCUUUUAAAGAACCAUUGCACAUUUCAGGUACCUAUUAUAAAGUAGUUAUUUACUAUAUUAUUAAUAAUUUGUAUAUUAUAUAUUUAUAUCUCAUUUGUAGAUCAAACAUUUAUUGGUGAAAAUUUUCAUAUGCUUUGCAAAUCAAGGCCAUUUGAUAGAAAAGGAAGAUUAUUUUUUUGAGUUUUUAGUUAGACACAUUUGCUUUUACAGUAAUGUAAGUAAAACUUUUUUUUUUUACCCUGUAUAGAAUUGUAUUUAUUUAUUUAACAAAAAAAAAAAAACCCAAUAAAAUAUGAAAAUGUAUUUAAAUAAAUAAUUAUGAAAUAAUUUUUGUUUAAACUAUAAUCUUAAAGAAAAUGUUUGUGUUAUUUCUAUUUUAUUGUUAGUAUUAUAUAAAAAAAUAAUAAUUAAAUUAAUAACACAGUAAUGAUUAAUAAUUAUUAUUGAAUAACUUUUAACAAAAGUAUGUUGUUAGAAAACAUUCUGAUCUGAUUGUUCAUCUAAUUAAUAAAUAAAUAAACAUGUCUAUUAUGUGUAUUUAUGAAUAAAUACAUAUAUGUUUUAGAAUAAAUAUUCUAAUGACAUUGAGGGGCAAUCAUUAAAACGAACUUGUGAAGAUGCUAUGUACAUACUUUGUACAUCUAUUGAACCAGUUCAGGUAUUUUGCUGGAACAAAAUAUUAAAUUUUUUCUUUAGUAAUGAAUAUGAAAGCGCAAUACCUGCAAUAACUCGGUGUCUUGCAUACAUGGCUAAUAAACCAGAUUUAAGUAAGAUACAAUUCAUUUAAUAUGCUAGUGUAAUUGGUUUUAUGAUCCAAAUUAAACUUAAAAUAUUUAUUAUAUGUGUACACCUAUGCAUAAUGAUAAUAGUAAUAUAAAUAAAAUGUGAUGUUGAAUAAAAUAAUGAAUUUAAUUUUCUUCUAAAUAUUAUAAAUAUUUGAAUAACCAAAUGUAUAUAAAAGUACUUCUUAAUAGUAUUAGUUGUACCAAUAGUUGUUCUGAUUGGGUCAAGUACUUUUUUAUGACAUUGAUAAAUUAUAAGUUUAAUUGGUUUAAUGUAAUUAAAAAGCAAUUUUAAUUUUUUUUUUUAUUUAACUUUUUACAUCAUUGUAUUAUUAUAUAUCUUUAAUUUCUUUAGUAAAAUAAUAAUUGUAUAAAUAGAGUAUUUACCACCAAACUUUGUAUACAAAAUUAAAUAUAUUUUUUCAUUUUUAAACAUUGUUUUCUUAUAGGAUCUAUACGAUUUGAUGAAAGAGAUUAUAUAAUUGGAAGGUGUAUUAACUUCUUAUGUCAGCCAUUCAAAGAUAACAGAGGAAGUUCUGUUAUAAACUUUUUAUUAAAUUAUAGUUCUCAUGAAUUGUCAGGUGUGCAUGAGAAAGAGUUUUGGGCAAGGCAUGCUGAUACAUUGAUCAAGUUUUUAAAUUGUAUAUAUUAAAUAAUAUAAAUUAGUUAUAAAGUAAUCAAUUUAUAAAUAUUUAUAAUGUAUUUUGUUUUAAAUUUAGUUUCAACUAAUAAAACUGAAACCGAAUGGGAAAUAUUGCUUUUGGAUACUGUAAAUACAAUAUUAAAAGAAUAUUCAAUGAACAAAAAAUGGUGCUUAGCAUUGGCUGAAAAUUUGUUUGAGGAUUUACUAAUAUCCUCUGAACACAUAAAAUUCACUCAAGAUAUGUUUUUACUCCUUAACCUAGUAGCUUAUGUUGCUGCUUAUUAUGAAAUUGAUAAUUUAUACCUCACCAAAAGAUUAUUAGGCUUCAUUUUCCAUUCUCUUCUAAAAAUGUCAUUUGAAAAUACACAAGUAAGUUUUUUUAGUCUAAUAUAAUGAAUAUUUUUUCAAGUGAACAUUGUAAUUUUAUAUGUUGUUAACUUAGUUCAAAUUUCAAAUUAUUGAUUUGUUUUGUAUUACAUUAAUAUAUUUUAACAAAAUUUAUUUAUUACUCAAUUAUAAAAAUUUGGGGUUUUUUUUAGAUUCUGAGCAUAACAAGAGAGCCAUUGAUUUUACAAUGCUGUUUAUUUCUUUUUUUUUUUCUUUGUUCAUUGUUCUAGUCUGUGGAAACAUUUUUUCCUAAUAAACUUGUCCCGAUUUUUACAUAUAGCAACUUUUCAGAAGCUCAGGUUGUCUAGAUGGUACUUUUAACAGAUCUUAUUUUCGAUGCCAUUUUUUAAAUAAAAGCACUUAAGUGAGAAUUUACAAUUACAUAUAAUUUCAUGAUUUCAUUAGUUUAUAAAAAUACAGACUACGUUUUCUACCAGAAUAAACGAUUUAAUCGAAAAAUUACAAAAUACCUUUUUUGUUACCUUUUUGAUUUGCUCUCUUAUAGUAUCAUUAUCAAAACUUUUAAUUCACUUUUAAGCUUUUAAGGAAUUUUAAUUUUUGGUAGUUUGUUUGUGUAAUUCGGUUAUAAAUAUACGUAUACUUGAAACUUAGUAAUAAUAAUUAUAUUGGACUUAUCUAGAUGUGUUAAAAUUUCCAAAACCGUCUGACAAUUUUUUUUUAAUAAGCGUUUUGAAAUCAAAUAUAAACAAAAAUCUCAAAAAUUAUGUAUAACUGAACAGCGCAGAAUCAUCUUUCGUCAAGCAAUGUUUUAUCAUUUAUGGUUUAUUGCUUACAAAUAUAAAUUAACUAACUUAUUGUAUCCUACCUUCCCAACUUCUCAACUAUAACAGUGGCUCCCAUUGCCAGUAUCAGCUCGUUUUUAACAUAUUAAAACUAAAUUUGAUGUUUCAUAAAUUUUCACUUAAAGUGUAUAUAUUUAUCUUUUUUAAUUUGGGGAUUAUAUUAAAAAUAUUAACAUAUUGUACAUUUUUAUUAGGAAUUUAAUAAAACCAUUACUAUUUUGAGUGAAAUGCAUACUGGAUUGGUAUUGAAUAAAUUAUUAGAAUUUAUUAACAUUGAAUUAACUAAACAACCAAACAAAUUUUUACUUCUUAUAAGAGACAAAAGUAAUGAAAUAGCUAGAGAUAGACUUCGAGCAUCAAUUUCCAUCAUUAUUCCAAGCAUCAUGAGGAAUGGAAUACUUCGAAAUGUUAUGGACAGUCUGUAUGAUAUUGUAAUGUUAAUUACUCAACAAAUAAAUUUAACAAAGGUAAAUUGACAAUCAAUAAAACUGUAGUGUUUGCAUAUUAACCAAAUACAAAUGUAUUAAAUCAUUAUAUUUUUAUUUUAUAGAGUUUGGAUAAUAAAAAAUCAUUAGUCUUGUGUCUAGAAGUUAUAGCAGAAGUGCUCAGUAAAGUUGAAAACAGUGAUUCAAUUCCAAAUAUAUCAAUUAUUCGUGAACAUGUCAUUAAGAGCCUAGUUAAUCAAAUUGUAAACUCAAGCAUGCUAACAGAUUUUAUGUAUUAUAGAGUUUUAGCGUGUUAUAUGUAAGUCAUAUUUUAUACAUGAUUUAAAAAAAAAUUAUUAAAACUAUUAUUUAUUAUUAGAAAUUUUACAAACCCUGAUUUUUAAGAUCGAACUGAACUGAACUUUUAAAAUAUUUUAUUUAACUCAAACUCGAACAUAAAAAAACUAAAAAAGUUAGAUUAGGCUCCUCUACAAGACUCACUAAUGCAAAAUUAAAUUUUUUCUUUUCUGUAACAAGGCUGCAAUGCCCCACCAAAGAACAUUAUAUUGAAUGAUUUUCGACCAAACUAUUGAGUAUAUUAUUUGCAAUUCAUCACAUCUCUAUUUAUUAUAUUAUAACAUCUUAGAUUAUUUAAUAAUAUUCCAUAUUAUCAUUUUAUGAAAUUUGUAAGGUUCUUUCAAUUUUCAUGAAUACUACUUCAUUUUUCAAUAGCCAUUGCAUCCUAUGGGCAUAUUGUUGUACAAUCAAUAUUGAAACUAUUUGUUACUUAAGAUUCAAAAUUAAAUUUCAUUUUAAUUUUGAAAAUUUUUUAUAUAUUUAUUAAGAACUCAUUCUUGAAAAAUAUCCCUAAACAAAAAAUUUAUUGACCUAUGCAUAAUUGUGCAUUAAAUUUUUUAAUAGUAAACCAGUGGAAGACAUUGAAUCUAUUGAUAUAAGUACAAGAUCGUUCAUUAUAGCAAAUUGUAUUGAUAAAUUAUUCCAACUCUCAUUGACAGAAUUUAUGGAUUGUGAUGAAGCAUCUGUAAUGGUAACAUUGAAUAAUCUUUGUAAGUGAUAAUUAAUUAUUAAAUUAUUUUGUUGUUAUUUUAUAAUAAUUGUAAAACACCAAAUGAAAUUAAUUUUCAGGCAAUGUUCUGGAUAAAUUAAUUUUAGACAAAACUGGAUCUUUUAAAAUUAUUGAUGAGAUUGUGAUAUUAUUAAAUCCAUACAUAAUUUCUUCAAAAAAUUAUCAGCGAUUUAUGGCUAUUCAUAUAUUGCAUAAUGUUUUGAACUGCUAUUAUGGCUAUAGUGAUUUUCAGAUAAAAAAAGUUAGUGUUGGAUAGUUUUUUUUUUUAAUGGGUUCUAAUUUAAUAUCUUAUAACAUAUUAUGUUCUGUUUUAGUUACCAAUCUGUUUAAAUUCUUCUGCACCAUUAUUUGCACAAAUGUGUGUCCGGAUUGCAGAACCUGAUAAGAAAACAAGAAUAAAUGUUCUAAAAUGUCUUGAUAUUUUAUUGAAAAUAACUGCUGUUUACAAAGGCUCUUUAAGUAAAAAUAGUUACAUAAGUAAAUCUGAAUUUGUUGAUAAAAUGAUGACGGACAAUAGUCCUGAAUCAUGCCAGAAACUAUUGGAGGUAAUUAUACAAAUGCUUAAUGAUAAAUUUGUUUUACAAUUAAGAAUAUUUUUAGGCCAUGCAACAAAUUUUAUCACCAGCAGAUUUACCAAUUUUCUGUAAAUGUUUAAUUGAUGGUUUAAGUGAUUAUGAAGAAGCAUGCAAAUUAAAAACUAGUGAACUUCUAAAUAUUUUCUUUCCAAUUAUUGCCAAACAACUUCAUCCAAAGGCCUAUAAUGACAUUUUAAGUAUGAUAUAAUAUGCAAUAUAUAUUAUCUAGCAUUUAUUUUUUGAGUUUUAUAAAUUACUUUUUAUAUUUUAUUACAUAUAUAUAUAUAUAUUAUAUUUUUAUUUUUUUUUAAAUAUUAUCAUCUUUUGUUAAAACUCAUAUUUUGUACAGUAAUGCAUAUACAAAUAUAUUUAUAAUGAAUAUAAUAAUAAUAUAAUGAAUAAUUAUUUGUUUAUAGAUUACCUUUUUAAGGAACUUGAAAAUACUAACGAAGUGGUGAAAACAAAUAAUAUAAAAGCAUUGAUCACAUUUGGAAAGUAUAAUAACUCUGAUUUUAUUGACUUACUUAUUAAUCAAACCCUUCCAUACAGUGUGUAAGUUUUAUAUUAUUUAAUGUAAUUUAAUUUUGUUGUAAGUUUAUUUACUGUAAACUUGAAUGUAGUCAAUAAUAUGUCAUAUAUUGUUACAACAUUUCAAAUUUAAAAAUAUAUAAAUGUAUAUACAAAGCAAACCUUUAAAGUAAUAUUCUAAUUUCACUCCUAUAAUUUAUAGUAAGUAUUUUUAUAAUAUGUAAAUUUGAAUAAAAUAAAAAAAAAAGUAUAUAUAUAUAUAUACAAUUUAUGUGAUAGUUUUAUCUUCAUUAACUAUAAAACAUUUAAUAAAUUAAUUUUGUUAUAAGUCUUUAAAUUAAUAACUUAGUACCCAUUAAAAGGUAAUUUAAUUUGAUUUUAGUAUAUUUUCAGUUUAACAGUUAAUUUAAUUAUCUUGGGGAAAACUAUGAAUUUUAUUUUGGAGCUAAAAUUAAUUGUGUAUAAUAAAGUAAAUUUUUUCUUCAUUAAGUAUCUUUAUAAAUUAUUUAAAUAAUGUAAUUACCUACAACUAAGAAUAUCUUAUUAUACCAUAAAUAAACAAUUAAUUAUUAUGUGAAACUGGUUUAUAAAAUAAAUUUAAUCGGUUAAUAAAAUUGUUAAAUUAUAAUGUAACAAAUAAUUGUGAAUAUAAUAUGGAAACAAAUACAUCUAAAUUAUCUUUACAAAAAUAAUAAAUUUAUAAAAUCUAAAAUAUUAUCUAAUAUUUUGAAUUAAGUUAAUGGUUUGAUUUAAUCAAUAAUACAAUUUUAAAUUCUUUUGGUGACAAAUUUGGUUGAAUGAUGUAAUGGUAAGAUGCAUAAACUAUCAAUGGUAUUAUUUUUCAAAUAUCUCUUGUAAUAUUAUUGAGUUCAAUUUAAUCUAUAUUUAUAAUUUAAUAAUACAAAAUCACUUGUCUUUUAAAAUAAUUAAAACAUAUACAAUAUAAUAUUUCAAUGUAUUAAAAUAAUUUUGUUUUUUUUUUUAAAUUAAUAAUUAAUUUUAGGACGGUAUGUAUGCUUUGGCAUACAUUGGCAACCGAGGAAAUAUGUCCAGAGAUUAUAAAAUCACUUUUAGAACUUAUGACACUUCCACCUUUAUAUAAUUCUGGUACAAAAACGUUCUUAAACAAACCAGUUGCAUCUCUAAUUCCUGUUGCAGUAAGUUGCUACAAAAUAAUUACUUUUUUAUAACGUAAAAUAAAAAUAAAUUGUUUAAUAAAACUAAUGCAAUUUGUUUUGUUCAGGUCCUUAGUGGUUUGAAGGAAAUUCUAAAACCAUUGCCUUAUGAUACUGCCAUAAACUUAUUUCCAAAACUGUUUAAUGAUAUAUUUUUAACUUUUGCUGCACUAAUUGAAGUUGGAUCCCCUAUACGAGGAACUAAUAAAAAUUUAUUUGUUUCUUAUAAAGAAGUACAUGAUAUUAAUCCUGCCAAGUAAUAAAUAUAUUAUAAUUUGUAUUUAUUUUGUAUUAAUCAUUAUUUACUGUAGACUCAUAAGGAUUAUUUUUUUAGAAUUGCCCAAGAAACAUUACACAAUUUAUUUAAGUCUAUUGAAUUAGAUGAUUGUGCCCAGAAAAUAUUGACACCAAUCAAUGAUAUUGAUACAACUGUUGAUAUUGUAAUGCACAACAUAGGACCAUGCAUAAUAAAGUAUGAUAUUUAUCUAGUUAGAAUAAUCCUAUUUUAUCUACAUGAAAAUAAUAUAGAAUUGGUUUUAAAUCUAACUAAGUAUUAUAAAUUAUAUUUUAUAUUCAAAUUUGUAUUAAGAACAUUUAUUUAUUAAUUUAAAGAUAGAAAUUUUUAAGUUUUUCCUAUUAUUAAGUUAAAAUGUUAUAUAAUGGAAUACAAUGAUUCAUUUAACAUAAGUUCAAAAUAACUAAUACAAAUUUUCUAAAUUAUCACCUACUGUAUAGUGGAUAUCUGUUAUAAAUCUAAAAAUUAUUCUUUUCGUGUAUAACACAGAUUUGAAAAUUGAGGUUCCUUUCUUAACAUAUGGUAAAUGAUUUUUAUGUAGAUAAAAUAGUAUAACUAAAAAUUAACCUAAAUAGACUAUUGUGUAAAAUUAUAUUUUAAUUAUGUUUAGGUGUUUAAUUAAAUCACAGUUUGAUUUGAUCUCAAUAAUAUUUAAUAUGUUUGACCAAAGUUUAAGUACUACACUAGAUUCCCAACGAAUUGCUAUAGUGAUAUUGAGUUUAUAUGUAAGUAUUAAUAUAAAUAAUUAUUGACCUAAUAAUAUAUUAACUUAAAUAUAUUUUUAGUGUACAGAAACUGUUACAUCUGAUACAAUAUACACAACAAGUUUAAUAAGUAUUCUUUUGAAAUGUUUAAAUGAUACUUCCUGUAAUAUAAAGAAGUACUGUCUGAAAGGCCUAACUGUUAUUUGUCAACAAAAACAAAUAUGGGUAAAUAAUUAAUAAGUAUAAAGCAAAUUCUUAAUAUUUAAUUCACAUAAUUACAAUAUAUGUUUUUAAUCAAACAAUAAAUCAAUCUAUAAUCUACUAUAUUGGUUACAAUACUAUUUAGUCGGAAGAGGAAUCUCGGUACAUUUUUGAUGGUAUAAUGCAAGGUCUUGAGGAAUAUCAAACCCAACAAAGUGAUGUAACAUUAGAAGCUUUACGUGGUCUUAUUUCUUUAAUUCCCCAUUUAACAUGUCCACAAUUUGAAAACCACUACACCACCUUGGUAUUUCGUAUCAAACAAUUUUUUGAGAAUGUAAGAUCAUAAUUUUGUCUACAUUUUUAUUUACAAAAUGUAAACAUUCAGAAUUUCAUAACAUUUUUAUUUUUUAGGAAAAUGAUGAAAUGCGUUACACAUCUAUAAAACUUUAUGGUGAACUAUGUUCUAAAACAAGUGAGUUUAACAUGGAAGUAGAUGAGUCAUUACAUCAUAAUAAUAUAGUAACAUUACUGAUGCAUUUAUGUGAGGACCAUAAAUACAUAGUUCAGGUUAGUAUUUCAAUAAUACAUUUUGAUUUCACAACAAUAUUAAAAUAACCAUAUAAUUUAAAAAUAAUCUAAGAAAAGUUUACUUACAUUAUAAUUUAUUUGUGUUGUCUAUAUGUAGUCUUUACAUAGUCUAUAUAAAUAAGUACAUUGUACAUACUAAUCAUAUAAUAGUGUUACUCAUAUUAUUACUUAAUUUAAAAGGAUUUCAUAUUUGCAUUUACUGUAUAUUAAUCCAAUCAGUAGAUAAAUGUCAUAUUUAUUACACUUAAAUGUGAUGCAUGUAUCUUAGUUUUUAGUUAAAUUUAAUAUAGAUAUCAAACAAUUUUUUUUUUGAAAUAAUAUAGGUGAAAAUGCUAAUUUAAAACAUUCUAUAUACAGCUAUGCAAUUUGAGUUUUAUUUUUCAUAUGUUAUACUUUGUACUUUGCAAUACAUUUUAUGCUGUUGAUAAAAUAUCUAUAUGCCCAAUACAAUUUUGUUUUUUUGACAUAUACACAUUUUUUAAAAGGCAAUUUAAUUUAAUUUUUGAGUGAUUUAUGCAUGAAGCAAUAUUAUUUUAUUUUAUUUUAUAUACUGUCCAUUUUUCAGGCUUGUAAGUAUUCCUUAAAGAAAGUGAGCAUCUUAUUAAACUCUGAAAAAAUGAUUGAUAUGACUUGUAAUCAUUUAAUUGAAGAAGGCCGAUUGAAGUAUACUGAAUUUAUCACACAAAUAGCUAAAAUUAUGGUUUGUAUAUAAUACUUAUUUAUAACUAUUCAAUACAGAAAUAUAUUAUUUUAGCAUGGGUUUUUUGUUCAAAAUGUAUUAUUGAAAUAAUGUAAAGGAAGAAAAGUUUAAGAGUAAUUGAUUUUAAUACACUUUAAAUUCAAAUGCAUAUAAUUUUCAUUCAGUUACCUAAAAAAUUAAAAAAUACCAAUUUUUAUAUAAUUACAUAAUUAUAUGUAGUGGUGAUCAAAUAAUUUUGUAGUAGAGUUAGAAUGAGUUAAAUUUUUAAUCAAUUUUUUUAUUAAAUAAGUAUAAGUUAUGUAUAUUAUUAUACAAAUAUUUAAGAGAAAAAAGUAAUGGGGGAUAUAUCCCCCACAUCUCCCCAUUUUACCAUCACUGCUUAUGUUUUAAAAUAUUAAAUAAUAAUGCAUUACCUUACAUAUUAAUUAUCUUUUAUUUUAAAGAAGUAUAGUUUUUUCUUCUACUUCUAAUUAUUAUUUUCUGAUGGAUUUUCUUUGAAACCUGUCAUAAUAACAUUUACCUACAUAACCUAAACAUGUACCUGAAUAAUUGAAUAGAUUUUAAUUGGGAAAAAAAUGACCCACUACUCUUUGAACAAUAACUUAAAAUAAACUCUAGUUGUUUACUUAAUAUGUGAGUUUGUAUACAUAUUUCUAUAAAAAAUGUUGACAGACUGAAGAAUUUCCAUCUCAUAUUUCCACAUAUUCGAUGAUUGGUAUAUCAUACACAAAAAGCAUUUUUCCUGAAAUAAGAGCCAGUGCAGCAUUGUUUGUGGGUAAGUAUGUUAACUAAGUUUAUUAUUUCAGUGUAUUAUAAAAUAAUUACCAAAUUUAAUGUAAAAUAUAUUUAUUUAUUUUUAUAUUAAAUAAUAAGUAGUUUUUCAUUUUUAUUAAUGUUUUAAAUUAAUUUAUUCUUAGGUUUGUUAUAUAACGAGAAUCCAAAUAACACUUCUUUUGAACUUGUCUCUGGUAAAAUGUUGAUGUUAACCGUAGAUCCAAAUCCUAAAGUUCGUUCUAGCGCUGUCACUUGCCUUGGGAAACUUUAUAAUUAA